AUGACUAUUGAUACCAAGCCACCUUCCGUCACCCUGGUGCAAGGUCAUGUGGUGGGGACCCAGCUCAACGACUCUUUUCCCCAACCUGUAGACGCCUUCUUGGGAGUCCCAUAUGCCCUUCCUCCUGUAGGAGAUCUACGCUUCAGACCAGCAGUCAAGGUUUCGAGCUCACUAGAUACUUUUGAUGCGUCCAAGUAUGGCCCUGCGGCUCCUGGAAAGGCACUUCUCUCUGGAGGACCGAAGCUUGUUCAAAGUGAAGACUGCUUGACAGCGAACAUCUUUCGACCGACUGGGAGCAAGGAUACUGGCAAGCUCCCUGUCGCAGUCUAUUUCCACGGUGGUGCUUUCAAUCGGGGAUCGGCAGCCAUGCACAAUACCGCGUCCAUGGUGGCUUGGUCAGAACGCCCUUUCGUUGCCGUGAGCUUUGGUUAUCGCAUUGGAGCUCUUGGGUUUCUGCCUUCGAGUCUUUCGCAGAAGGAGGGGUUGCUAAAUCUCGGAUUGCGUGAUCAGGUGCAUCUACUGCAGUGGGUUCAAGAGAAUAUCGCCAAUUUCGGCGGUGACCCUGCCAACGUCACUUUGUUUGGCCUUUCUGCGGGGGCACAUUCAAUUGGUCACCACCUCCUCAAUUACGACGAACACAAAUUGCCAUUGUUCCAUCGUGUCAUCAUCGAGUCUGGAGCACCGACUUCCCGUGCUGUUCGCCCAUAUAACGCCAAGGUUCAUGAGGACCAAUUUGCAGGCUUCCUACGAGAGGUCGGUUGCCCAGAAGAUCUAGCCGAAGAGGAAAUAUUCCCCUUUCUACGUUCGCUUCCCAGCUUGACUGUCACAAAUGCUCAAACGGCUGUUUUUGACAAGUACAACCCCUCCCUUCGGUGGGCAUUCCAGCCCGUUAUUGAUGGAGAUAUUAUCCCGCGCAAGCCCCUCGAGGCAUGGCAAUCAGAAGUCUGGAAUAAAGUACCCAUCAUGACCGGGUUCAACAGCAAUGAGGGAACAAUGUACGUGGACAAGAAAAUGUCCAAUUCCACCCAGUUCCGCGACUUCUGGAACAAUCUUCUGCCUGAGCUCUCGUCGUCUGAUCUAGAUACAAUUGAAAAGCUCUAUCCCGACCCAGCCGUUGAUUCCACAUCACCCUAUGUUGAAAGAAGACAGGGCGAGGGCCUCGGACCUCAAUAUAAGCGCAUUGAAGCUGCCUACGGACACUAUGCAUACGUGGCACCGGUCCGCCAGACAGCAGAAUUCGCAUCAUCCCAAGGUGCUCCUGUGUACCUUUAUCACUGGGCGCUACCUAGAACUGUUGUCGGUCGAGCGAACCAUGCCGAUAAUAUGUAUUAUGAGACCUAUAAUAGUGACAUUACGGGGAUUUCAGAAUCACAAAAAGAGCUGUCUGGCACACUUCAUGCCUAUUUGACUAGUUUCAUUACAACUGGUGAUCCAAAUGCUGUGUCUGGUCGAUAUGGGAAAAGACCAGAAUGGAAGUCAUUCCAGCCGGCUGAUAAAAGGGUGAUGAUCUUUGGAGAGGGUAAUGAUGAAUUGAUCGGAGGUGACGUUGCUCCUCCUGCGAAAUGUGUUGCGGAUGAUUGGGCAAGAGAAGAGACUGAAUUUUGGUGGUCGAAAGUUCCGAUUUCCCAGCUUGCCUGA